GUAAAUGGACUGACCGGCCAAAGCAUAACACAUGGAGAGUUCCAAACCCUCAGCAAACGCCUUGGCAGUGCCCUCACGAGACUGGGCAUGAAGCAAGGAGAUGUACUGGGAAUUGUGUCGCCCAAUUGUCCAGAAUUCGCUUUAACAUUCUUUGGUGUUGCAUCAAUUGGUGGUAUUAAUACAACAGUCAACUGUACUUACACUGCAGUGGAAAUUGCCAAGCAGUUGGAAAACUCAGGAGCCUCGAUUGUUAUGACUCACCCACUUUUGUUAACAAACAUUCAAGAAGCCUGUAAUAUCUACAAAGGUAUAAAACAUAUAAUUGUGAAUGGUCCCGCCCAGCCUGGAGCUCUCUCACUGCAAGACCUCCUAGAAGAUGAUGGGACUGCUUUCCCAGAGGAUGUUAAGAUCAAUCCAAAAGAAGACUUGGUUGUGUUGCCAUAUUCCUCAGGAACUACAGGGGUUCCCAAAGGUGUGAUGUUAACACAUUACAAUCUUGUAGCUAAUCUACAGCAGAUUACGCAUCCAUCUUUAAUGUCUGUAAGAGGGGCUGUACAAGAUAUAUUUCUGGGAGUCCUACCAUUCUUCCACAUCUAUGGAAUGGUGCCAUGCAUGGGGUUGUCUCUUAUGACGGGCUCCCUUACAGUAACCCUGCCUAUGUUUGACCCAAAACUCUAUGUUGAGGCAAUUCAAAAGUACAAGGUUACGUAUCUUCACACAGUUCCACCUCUGGUUAGCUUCCUUACCCAAAGUCCGAUGGUAAAGCCAGAGCUUCUGGACAAUGUACAUACUAUGAUUUGUGGUGCUGCUCCUGUUGGACCCGUUCUAAUUAAUGAAUUCAGGAAGAAAUUCACUGACAGGAUUCAAUUCCAAGAAGGUUAUGGGCUGACAGAGGCUUCACCAGUAACACAUCUAACACCUAUCAACAAGUACUUACCAGGUUCAACAGGUCCAUCAAUCCCUAACACCUAUGCUAAGAUUGUUGACCUAGAAACAGGUAAAACUAUUGGACCAGAUGAAGGAACUGGAGAACUUUGUAUAAAAGGCCCACAGAUAAUGAAAGGGUACUAUCGCAAUGAGAAAGCUACAAAAGAGACCAUAGAUGAGGAGGGUUGGCUACACACAGGAGACAUUGCAAAGAUGGACCAUGAUGAGAAUGUGUACAUUGUUGACAGACUGAAGGAGUUGAUCAAGGUCAAGGGAUUACAGGUUGCACCAGCAGAACUAGAAGACCUGUUAAGAGAACACCCUGACAUAAAUGACGUAGCAGUCAUUGGUAUCCCAGAUGAGAGAGCAGGAGAAGUCCCGCGCGCUUAUGUAGUGCUAUCGCCGAAUUCUCCCAAGACAGAAGAAGAGAUUGCAAAAUAUGUUGAAGAAAAUGUGGCCCCACAUAAAAGACUGGCAGGUGGUGUUGUUUUUAUCAAUGAGAUACCCAAGCUAGCAACAGGAAAAAUCCUUAGACGAAAGCUAAAGGAAACAGCCCUUGAAGAGAUGAAGAUGGCUUCAUGAUCUGUGACUUAUUCUUUGUCUUCCAAACACUGAUAAAAAAGUACAAGGAGUUGGUUUUAGUUAUGGUUUUAAGCACAAUCUCUUGCAGUUUUUCUUUUUUCUUUGUCUUAUUUUUUAUAUUUAGAAAUGUGUGGUUCUUCAUCUUCAGAAAAUAAUUGUAUUCUAUGCCGGACUACCUGAUAGCACAAAAGUAUUCCAUCCUUUGCCAUCUCGCUAAUGUUAUGCAUAAACAGUUGUUUUUUAACUUGAUUCCCCUUUUAUGUUUUAAUAAACUUCUUUUGCAUCAGCAGCUCCAGAUGAUUUUAUGGACAUAUUUAUAUUAACCUCAGCUGCAUAUUCCAAACAAAAAAAUAUGUUUACAGUUAAACUGUAACAAACUAAAACUGAACUAACAUUUUAAUGUCUAUUCCAUUUGUGUGAAUCUGUCAUAACAUUUUGGCAAAUUUUAUUAGUUUGGUUUGUUAUAUUAUUUUUUUACUGAUAAUAUGAGUCUGAAGUCUAAAUGAUAUUUUACCUUGGUAAAAGUUUAUGGAUAAUCUGGCUGUUUUUUACUUUCUUUCUCUUUUUUUUAAGGAAGUCUUUUGUAAAUUAUGGAUUGGAGCAGUACCUUGUAUAUUUUAUAAAUGAAUGUCCCUAGCAGUAUUGUCAUAUGCUGUUUUUGUUAUUGUUAUUGUUAUUCUUCAUUUGGUGCUUGCAAAGACAGCUGAUGUUCCAUAUUUGGUAGUUUUAUAGAUUCUAUUUUUUUAGUGAAGAUGUGUAAAUUCUGUAAGGAAGUGUACUUUUAAUGCUAAACAAACAAUAAAUUUUAAAGAAUCUGAUUGCUU